CGUUAAAUUCAUUUAACAAACAUUCGAGGCCCACAGAAGAUAAAUCGGUUCAAACAUAACGCCAAUUGACAGUACGCUACAUAACCUAACUUUUGAGAUUGUUAAUGUAAACUAAAUAUUUAUCUAAUGUCCCUCUACGACGAUUACGACGUUAAAACCACGGUUCCCGACAAAGUCCAGGGAUGGUCCUCGGGCAUCAAACUGUUGCAGUCGCAGCUGCAGUUGAAAAAAGCGACGGUGACGCAGCCAAAGCGCGACGCCGCCAGGAAAGUCAGUUUGGCGCCGGUGAUCGACUUGAAAUCGAAACGAGACGACGACGACGUCCACCAACCGUUCCCCAAACCGAAGCCGGAGUCCAGGUUGCCAAUAAUCAGCAGCGGCGGCACAUACGGGUUGGAGUACGACUGGAAAGUGGUCGACGAAUAUGACCCGACGUGGCCCAACGAAUACGAAAAGGUUGUCAAGGAAAUGCGCGAUCAGAGGGACAAGGAGAGCGAGAAGGAGGAGAAACGGAAGGAGAAGAAACGAAAGAGCAGGUUUAGCGAUCCGGACGAUAGUCCGCCUCGAUCUUCGGCACCUCCGGUCCCGCAGAUGGCGCAGCCGCCCGUCGCUAGCGGUUUCGCGGGUCGCUGGGCGGACGACGAAGAGGAGCCCGCUCCUAAAACACCCAGACCUUCGGGCGGGGUCGCCAUAGCGCCCCCGCCCAGCCUUCAAGAAGCUUCCGCUGAUUCUGUACCUAUCGUGCCAAGCAAACCGCAACCUCCUAGCUAUGGUGGAUCAGUGGCGGCGAAAAUUAUGGCGAGGUACGGGUUUAAAGAGGGCCAGGGCUUGGGAAGAAUGGAACAGGGAAUGUCGAGCGCCCUGCUGGUGGAGAAAACUUCGAAAAGGGGUGGUCGGAUAGUCCACGAGAAGGACAUAAUGCCGCCUCCGCCGCCGAUCGAGCCCGCCCAGAAUGUGAAUAAUCCGCCGAUAACGGAGAUUAUGAAGAAUCCGAGCAAGGUGGUGCUUUUGAAGAACAUGGUGGGGCCCGGCGAAGUGGACGACGAUCUGGAGCCCGAAGUGAAGGACGAGUGCAAUACGAAAUAUGGGCCGGUCGCUAGCUGUAUCAUUCACGAAAUCCCGCACACGGACCCCGAGGAGGCCGUCAGGAUAUUUGUUGAAUUUCAGAGGAUCGAGAGCGCGAUAAAAGCAGUGGUCGACUUGAACGGCAGGUUCUUCGGCGGCCGACAAGUCAAAGCUAAUUUUUACGAUACCGAAAAGUUCGACAACUUACAGCUCGUAGAUUAGAUUACUCGUUUUCUAUUUAUUACCUGUGCCCAAUAAAGGUUAUGUUAUGUAAAUGAAAAUUUGGUCUCGCAUGGCAAUAAAUUAUGCGCGAUGUUUUAAAGCGAAUGCGGAAAACAUUAGGGUAUUUUAUUAUAUAAACGUUUGGUUAGUUAAAACGUUACCUUCAUUAAAAACAUUUUAUUUAAGUGAUAUUACGUGCUGAGUAUGGUAAUGUAGAGAAAUCGUUUUAGACAUCCCCAGAUAAAAUAAACCAAAGGAUAUAGGUAAAUCUGCCGAUCGAGGCGGCGCAUGAUAAAACCCACUAUUAAUAUCGAGCAGUUUUCAUACGCACAAUUUAAUAUUAGUGUAAUAAGAAAUGUAAAGUGACAGCGGCCCACUAGAUUGUUUUUAUCUCCUUAUGGACUACUUUAGAUUUUAUUUGGAAACCGCAUUAUGAAAAAAGUAGUUUCCAAACAAGA